GAGCGAUCUGUUCGGCCAAUGCGACAGCAUCGACCAGCAUGAGCAUCUUUGAGGACAAUGCGCCGCUGAAUGACGCGCGAGCGACAGAGACUGCGCAUCGAAAGGUUGAGCUGCAGUCGCCGGCCGACUUGACGUACCUCAUCGCGAACGUGUCGCGUGCUGCACGUGAGAAGCUUGACAAGCAUCUACCUCCGGACGCCGCUCUAGACAGCGAUGAUGCGAUGAGAAAGAGGGUGGAGCAGCUGGUUGAUGAGUACAUCCGGAACACGUUUAAUGCGGCGAAAGACGGCAUGUCAAUCAAUGGCAUGGACUCGAAGGAGAUGGAUGCGGAACUCGCUAAAGCCCAGGACGGCGAAGCAGAGAUCGAACCCUUCGACACCAAGCUAGCACAGCGCAUCCAAGCAUUGUCCGCUCAGAUUGAGCAUCACACGUUACAGCUUGCGAACUUGAGGCGAACAGUCCCAGCGGAGACGGCGAGGCGGUAUCAGAACGGUUUCGAAUCGCAACGGCAGGCUUACGAUCAGCGAUUCCAGAACGAUCACGAGGCGAAGCUUAAAGCGGCACGGAUGACGACCGUGGAUGCGGGUCAAGUUGAAAGGCUUGAUGAGGUCCAAAAUGCCUGGACAAGAGGGUCAAGAGAUUUGCUGGCGCUGAAGAGCGGCUUGGGCGGCACCGUAGCGCGUAUGGAGAAAGCACAGCAAGCCGCUUCCGUGGUGCAAGAGAGGUGA